GGCGGUCGGGUAGGAGUAGGUGCUGUGUUGCAGGUGUCGGGGCCGCCUCGGCGCUCCGUUAUGAAGCCGCAGGACGGCCUCGCCGGCGCGUUGCCGGCGCUGGAGACGCUGAAGCAGCGGGCAUGCGAGAGCGUGGAGCUGAACGCGGCGCGCUUGGGCGCGCUGAGCCACCGCAUCUGGAGCCACCCCGAGCUGGCGUACGCGGAGCGCGCCGCGCACGACGCCCUGACCGGCUUCUUCUCCAGCGCGGAGCUGCCGGGCGCCGCCUGGGCCGUGCAGCCGCGCUACAAGCUGAGCACGGCGUUCCGCGCCGAGUGGGGCACGGGAGGCGCCGCUCCGGAGCUCCGCAUCGCCUUCCUCUGCGAGUAUGACGCCCUGCCCGGGCUCGGGCACGCCUGCGGGCACAACCUGAUCGCCGAGGUGGGGGCUGGCGCCGCGCUGGCGCUGAAGGGCGCCCUGGAGAGCCUGGCGCAGCCCGCGCCCCGCGCCGUGCAGGUCGCCGUGCUGGGGACGCCGGCCGAGGAGCAAGGAGGAGGCAAAAUCGACCUGAUCAACGCCGGGGCGUUUGACGGCCUGGAUGUGGUUUUUAUGGCGCACCCGUCGCAGGAGAACGCGGCUUAUCUGCCCGAUGUGGCUGAGCACGAUGUGACUGUGAAAUACUAUGGAAAAGCUUCUCAUGCUGCUGCUUAUCCUUGGGAAGGAGUUAAUGCAUUAGAUGCUGCUGUUCUUGCAUACAACAAUCUGUCUGUUUUAAGACAGCAAAUGAAACCGACCUGGAGAGUUCAUGGUGUAAUAAAAAAUGGUGGUGUGAAACCUAACAUCAUUCCUUCUUACACUGAGCUGGAGUUUUACUUGCGUGCCCCUUCAAUGAAAGAUCUUUCCAUUCUGACAGAGAAGGUUGAGAACUGCUUCAAAUCUGCAGCCCUGGCCACAGGAUGCAAAGUGGAAAUAAAAGGGGGUGAAAAUGACUACUACAAUGUGCUCCCAAAUAAGACCCUGCAAGAAGCUUACAAGGAGAAUGGAAAGAAGCUUGGAAUAGAGUUUAUAUCGGAGGACUCUAUCUUGAACGGUUUGUCAGGUUCCACAGACUUUGGGAAUGUUACAUUUGUCGUCCCUGGGCUUCAUCCUUAUUUUUAUAUUGGCUCUGAUGCUUUGAAUCAUACUGAGCAGUACACAGAAGCUGCAGGGUCACAGGAUGCUCAGUUUUAUGCUUUGCGCACAGCAAAAGCUUUGGCCAUGACAGCACUGGAUGUCAUUUUCAAGCCAGGUCUGCUAGAAAAAGUCAGGGAAGACUUUAGACAGGUGAAGCUAAAAGAAGAGGGGCAAAUAAAUCUAGUAGAAACUAACAAAGAAUCUGGUGUUGACAUAGGAGCAUCAUGUGCACCACGCUGAACUCCAUUAAACAUCUCUCAGGAGGACUGACUUAAUGGAGACACGAUAUUAGAAUUCCAGAAGGGGCUGGAUAAACAUAAAGCUGAAGAAAUGCUGUUUUUUUGUUGUUUUUUUUGAUUUUAGGAGAAGCAAUUAGUAUCACUGCAUUGAUGUAGCUGUAAUGUUUGCUGUAUUCAAUAUGGUGAUGAAUUUCAGAGAGCCCAAAUAUAUUGUCUUUCAGUUGUUGUGUUGAAGAUAAUGUUCGGAUCCCUUGUCAGUCAUUUUCUGUGUAUUGCUACAGUAAUAUCCCUUAUAGGGUAAAUAUGGCAUUUACAUGGAAUUUUUUGUUCUUCAAUAAGCACUAAUUAAUCAGUGAUCAUAAGCUGAAUCUGAUCUAUGGAGUGCUUUUUCUCCGGCCAGUCACUUUCUUGCAACAAAGUAGAGGCUUAAAACCUGAGCUGGUUUCACUAGAGAGAAGGGUGUAUGUUUGGCAGCAUGCCUGGUUUUAAAGAAUAGUAGCUUCUAGCAGUGGAAUAGAACUGUUUGCAUGGAAAUGCAGUCUGUAAAGGUUGUGAUUGUCCUGAAAUGCAUUGACCCUCCUCGUAAUAAAUUUUGAGGGUGUUGUGGAGAAGUCAUUGAUCAAAAAAAAGAGGAGAACUACUAAAUGUUGUUUUUUUCUUUACAGUAAUACAUUUUAAACUACUGCA